GAGGCCGGCCUGUGUGUCGGGUCCGCCCCGCCGCGGGGAGGAGCGCCGCCCACAACACUUAACCUUCGCGGCCCGACUUCUCCUGGGGUUGGGAGCGGUCAUGGAGGCAGCGCGGGACUACGUGGGCUUGCUGGUGCGAUCUUUGGUAUCCAUGGGAGCAUCUGUGGGAGCAGUAACAAAACAGACCCUGUUCCCUCCUCUCAUGCCUGCAGGGCGACCUUUCCGUGUGUCGAAUGCCUCCAGAAGCAGCCGGAAAGGAAUUGUGGCAAGCAGUCUUCAAGAGCUCAUCAGCAAGACUUUAGAUGCCUUUCUUAUAUCUGCUGGAAUAGUUACUCUGGUUUUGGAGGAAGAUGGCACGGUUGUGGACACAGAAGAGUUCUUCAAGUCUCUGGAUGAUAAUACACACUUCAUGAUUCUAGAAAAAGGACAGAAAUGGACACAAACAAAAAAUGGACUUGCCACUGCGAGACAAAAGAAGAAAAUGGGAGUAGCUAACAUCACAUUUGAUCUGUACAAGCUGCACCCUAAGGAUUUUAUUGGCUGCCUAAACAUCAAGGCCACCUUCUAUGAGAUCUACUCUGUCUCAUAUGACAUCAAAUGUAUGGGAGCAAAAAGUGUAUUGCGGAAGGUGCUUCAGCUGAUGUCCCAUGCAGCACAGAUAACUGGACAGUUUCUUCUUUAUACUGGAACUUACAUGUUACAGUUGAUGGGUGAAUAUGAUGAAGACGGCACAUGUGCAAGAUCAAGGCGGGAGUAGUGAGCCCAGCUGCACUUCUGAUAUUGGAUCUUUUUGCUUAAAGACUUCCUCCUGCCCAUAUUUGAUUGUAGUCAUGUAGGUAGGGGGAUAUCCACUGAUGUGAACUAACAUUUUUCCCAUUUGGGGAAUGGUUGUAGGCCUUAGUCAUAAAAUAAGUGUUUGAUGUUCACAGGCUCUUAACACAGCAAAAGGUUGUGUGCCUAAAGCUGAGAAUUUGCCCCAGCAACUCAAAAUGGAAAAUAGGUAUACUUGCAAAUUUGUGUGGAAUAUUUCUUGCACUGAUCAAAGCAUAAUGUAGUUGUGGGGUUUUUUUUUCAUGGCUGUCUACUUGCCUUCUGAACAGACUGGGCUGGGGCGAGGGGCUAUGUUCUAUGUUUGUUUUUUUUGUUUGUUUUAGUCCUUAACAGUGCUGGUAUUAGUGCCCAGCUGGCACUGAGGUACAAAAGGGUGAAGUGUACUUAUUUACUGCUGCUAACAAUAGAACUAUACAAUGUAACUAAAUCUGGGUUCAGUGACUGACUGAUGAAGUCUAAUUGGAGAAGUGCAACUACCAAGCAGAAACUUAAAAUUUAGCCUUGCUUCCCUUAAAACAAGUAAAAACUUUUCAUCAUAACUCUUUAUACUUCAAGCCUACAAAGAAAUUCAGGUUAGUAUAGCUUAUACAUGUUGAAGACCUGAUAUAUUUAUUUAAUGGGUCUGAUGUUCAUUUCUGCCUGAAGUAUUGAAUAAUUCACCAGUUUCAUGAACAUGGCUUACAAACAGCCUCCUGAGCUUUCUCCAGGAGUUAGACUAUCACUUCUGUAGUUUUUCUACUGUUUGUUACAAGGUGACACAACAUCCCAAGUUGUACUUUAGGUACAAGUAGGAGAUGCUGGAUUUUGAUGCCCCUGUAUUCAGGGAGAGCAGGACACUACCUACUCUUGUGUAACAUACAUAUGCUCUAAACUGGAUAUUUGCAGUUUUACAGUCUCCCAAGACAAGCUGUAUUAAGAGCAGAGUUAUUAAUCCUUAAAUAGAAUUGUCCAUAUUGUUUUCUACACUUCAGUGAAUGGCUAGUAUGACCAGCUUUCAGGAAGUUUUCCUCAACAAUGUAGAAAACUGGAAAAUUAGCAGUUAGACAUCUUGUGUCAAAAUACAAACUCCCAUUGCUGAAGGGGAAAAGCCCAGCUUUGUUCAUAGGUAUGUAUUCUGAAGUUUUCAUUUGCCUGCUCAUGAAGAAUUUUAGUAAGUUAUUAUGGUCUUGCUUAAGACUGAAAGCUGUUAAGGAGAUGGCAGGUACAGGUAAAUGUGUCUGACCUGAUGGCAGGUGCCACUAGGAACAAGCCCAGGUGACAGCAUGAACAAAUAGGGCAAGAGAAGAAAGCAAUGGGAGAAAAAGGAAAAAGACCAGUGUGGACCCCACAGUGCUUGCCCUGCACCUGCUGAGAAAGGAGUCCAUUAACUGUGGGUAUCAACUGCACUGACCAGUCAAGGGAAAACCUCAUCUACUAAAAAAAGGAAUUGAGGGGCUGGAAAGCAUCAUGGUUGGUGGGAUCUAUUCUGACCUGUCAGCUGAGUCUGUUCACUAUAUAUGGGAAUAUUGCUCUCACUUUUAUCUGAAAAUUACACCUUUCUAUGCUUAUUUUUACCUUCCUUUUAUGGAUGGGACCUAGCCAGCUGGAGCUGCAUUUCAAAUCAGUGUUGUGAUGAAAAGCAGUCUAAAUCCAAGUGUUAAAGGUACUGAUGAACAUGAGUUUGGUAGGUCUGCACAAGUCUCUUCAGUAAUGGUUAUUACAAAUAAGUAGACAGCUAAGAAAAACCUUGGGUAUUUUUUUUCCCUGAUUUCUUUUGUUUCCCAUCUACAUCUGACCACCCACUGGAGGAAGUGCGGAGGGCACACUGCUCUAGGCAGGGUGAGUACUGGUUCUUUCCUAAUUUCUUGCAGGGAAGAGUGCCUGUAGCUUACAGCACUGUCAGGUUUCCUUCAGAAGAAAAAAAAAUCUAUUCUGUGAGUAAUAAGAGAUUAUAUUAAAAUGAAGCUUAAUACUUCAUCUGUGUUGUUCUUAACAUCCCACCCAAAUGAUUGUUGCCAUUAUAAUUGCUGGCUAAAGUCUUUCUGCUCCUAUCAAGGAAUUGCGUUUAACUGAUGCAGUGCAAUGACUGUCAUUAAUUCUUUCAGCUUUGAAGAACCAUUUAUUCUAUUAGAACAAGCACACCUCUUGAAAGCAAACUCUAUAUGAUGCUCCUGGGAAUAUUUAUGUUGCUAAUGGUGGGAGCAUCAACAUUAAAAAAAAAAACCCAGCCAACCAAACUUGCACAGUUCAGUACUGCUUUGUGUGAAUUGCCUCUUCAACAUCUGUAAUACAAAAGCUUUUGCAAGUCUGAACUGUGCAGUUCUCAAAUUCCAGCCUUCUAUAGCCAGAGGCAAUUGUUACAGAACUAACACUUCAUAGUUUCCAUGGCACUAUCUGAGAACCUAAUGUGAUCUAAAAUGCUAACUCAGUAUGAAUUUUCAAUGUUUUUAAGCAGCUGCUGCUUUGACAGCUUAACAGUUAAAACUUGAGUUGCUGAAGGUCAUGUGAGCUGUGAAGUCUCCAUCUUAGAACAUCUCCUGCUGAUUAAAAAUGCAAACAGUUGAACAAAGUAACUCAGCUUUGAUAUUUUCUCAAAAUAGGAGAAAGGACUUGGAAAUUGCAUGAGUCUGAAUUGCUUCACUGCUGCUGAAUUUUGGUUUUGCCACAGGCUUAGUAUUUGGGGGAUGAUGUUUCCUACUGUGCCAACUUCUUUCCAGAGAUAAUGUUUUGGCUUUGGAUCAGAUUGAAGGAGUUUAUCAUUCUCUGAGUUGGAACCAGUUUUAUUUUUUCACAGGCUGAUUAGGAGGCAUAGCUUUUACUUAAGCUGUGUACACGAUAAACAGCAAAGAACAACUUCAGCAUUAUCUGUCAGCAAAUUAUAUACAAGUUGGUGUACAGUAUCUAGCAAGAAACAGAAAAACUAAAAGUACAGGCUUUUAACUGCAGAUACACAGAGAAGCAGCUGGCUUUUCUACUUGACAUUUGUAACUUUAACUGAGCUUAUGGAAAGAAAAAUUAAUCUGCACUUGUUACAGUUGCAUUCAAGGGUGGGAGCAGUGACAUGUCGAAGGUGUGAAACAUGGUUACUGCCUCCUUGCUUGCACUGACCCUUUUUGCCUGUUGCUUUGCAUCACUUGCUAACAAUGCACCAAGUCAUAUUCUCCAGUUACCAAAAAAGGAAUUUUCACUGAAGUACUCAAUCUUGUUGACUCAGGCACCGUUCAUGUUCUGCAGGCAAAACAAAGUUGCUCUAUUCGUGACUAGAAUGAAGAAUCUUGCGGGGUUUUUGUAUGUGUAAUUUAUCAUUACUUAAUUUCUUAUCUUUCAUAAACCCAUGAAGUUGUUGCUUUCUUGCACCUUGCUAUUAUUUCAGGAAAAACAAGAUUACAAGCUCUUCUGUCCAGGGGGAAAGGAAAAGGCAGGGUUUAAAUUCCUUAGACCGUUUUGAAUAUGCUGUAGGAAACAUCCUGAAUCCCUUCCCAAAAGAGAAGGGAAGGAUAAAGAAAGGAAAGUAAAACUUUGAGCUGGAAUUUUUUUCAGUAAGUAGAGAGGUAUUAACAGUUUAGGAAAUGUUGUAGAAAAUGUGGUUUGGAAUGUUAACUGUGAUGAUAACUACAUGUGAUCAUUUGUAACUGACUAAAAUUGUAACUCUAAAUCAUUUCAGCAUGCUUCUUCCUGAGAUGGCACUUGAAUUGAAGGCACAAGCUUAUUUAAGUAAAAACAAAAAAAGCUUAAAACCAAAGUGUAUUUUUGAUUUGAUGCCUCAAGUUUUACUGGAGGUAUUAAUGUGAUUAACAUACCACUUCAGCUAUAUAUUAUUAUCCUGAUGGGGUUUAGAGUUUGUCACUGCUUUCUGUACCUUACCCUGUCAUACAUGCAGUUAAGAUAUUUAUAAUCAUGAGGAUUGCUACUUUGCUAAGGGAAAAGUUAGUAUUUUAUAAUGUCACAAUUUUCAAGAUCAGUAGUUUAACUUGCUAUACAAAUUUAGGUGGGUGAAAAUUGUGUCAGUGAUGGCAGCAUUUUCUGAUGUGUGGUGCCAAUUUUAAGGAACACUGUCCAUGAAUAAAUAAAACCAAAUGGUGGCUUUGGA